AUGGUCAACUUCAGUGCAAUGAAAAAGGAAGCUUCCACAGUGGAAGUCCUGAAAGGAGAUUCCUGGUUGCAGCUGUCCAAGUCCAGGCUGGGUAGUGUUUUGGUUUAUUACGUAGAAAACAUCAACGCUGGCUCCGCUGACCAAAAUGGGCAGACGCUCCCACAGGUGAGUUUGUGUGAGCGUAGCGCCACUCAGUUAAGACACCUGCUGGACACGCUCAACACUGCUGCAAAAGGUCUGCCGUUCCAGUUGGAGGAACACUUUGUGUCACACGCAGUUUUCCAGGAGGAAGCGAAUAACCCGAAGAACGGAGAUUCGGCCCACAAACACCUGAAGCAGCAGUCCUCCAUCUUGGGCCACCUGGAGGCGCUGGGGCUGCUGGGCGCGGAGUUCGGGGCGGGUCGAGGGAAGCUGUCGCACUGGAUCCACCGAGCCCUGCGGGAGCAGACCCCGCCGCAGCCGGCCAGAGAACGUCUGCAGAUGCUGCUGGUGGAGCGAAGCAGCACCCGAUUCAAGGUGGACGGAAAACAUCAGGACGCCGACGUGGAGUUCGCCAGGCUGCAGAUUGACAUUCAGCAUCUUGAUUUGAGUAAAGUCCCGCUGCUGGGACGCCAGCUGCCGCUCGUCUGCGUCGGGAAGCAUUUAUGCAGAGCGGCGACAGAUUUGGCUCUUCGCUGUUUGUUCCGAACAUUGUCGACGCAUCGACACAAGCGGGCCCGGCGAGAAAAUGCCACAAAGCGUCGCGUGACUCUGCAGCGGGAGACGCACCCGAGAUCCCGCCCUGCCCGCGGACCUGCCGAGCAAGGUCCUUGCGGAUCCUCCGAUCCCCGCGGGUCCUUUGGUCCUUCUCCGGUUCUGGGCCUGGCGGUGGCACUGUCCUGUCACCAUCGUUGCGAGUGGCGUCACUAUGUGGGUCAGAAAUUCUUCUCUGAUCUGGGUCUGGGUCCCACCGAAUUCUCGAGCUUCUGCCGCAUGUCCAGCUGGGCCACGUGCGGCCUGCGAGCGGCAUCUGAUCAGAGAGCGGAUGAAGAACACGAACCGCUGAUGGCGGAGGAGACGGACGUCGCGCCGGGAUUUCUGUCGCCGGGCAAGCGCGAGCGGAUCGGACGCCGCUGCAAACUUCUGAUCGACGCCGGUAGAAUCGAGUUCCUGCGCAGCAAAGGAUUCUGCGGACGGCUGACGCGUUACGUCAGCGCUCAGGUGACCCUGGAGAACGUCCUGAUGACAGCCACACCUGCCGGCUCUUCUUCUGCCGCUUCCGAUGUUUACUCGUAA